CUUUUGUGAGGAAAAGGAAAGAAAAACGUGCAGAGUGCAAACUGGAAUGUACCAUUUAAGUCAAGCUAUUGCAAAAGGAAAGAACUUCACCAAAGCAGCCAGGAGAUCAUCACAGGUUGGUGUGUUGUGUGUGGAGCCGUGGACAAUAUGAUCAGUCGAACUGAGAAGUCCCCGCGCCGGUGCAGGCGUCUGAGUGAGAGUUACGACGAGAAGUGCGAGCGCCGGCACGAGACCCGUGAGAGCUUGUGGAGGAGAAACAAUGUCACCACAUGUCGCCAUGUGGGGCAAUGUCAGAAAAAAGAGGCAGAGGAGCAGUCCCAGAGCCCCCGCCAGAAAGAGUUCCUGAAGAGAAGGAACUUAGCCACCGAAGAAGGAAAGAAACAAGUGAGGUUUCCUACUGGGACACCAGCAUCUCCGGGACAAGAGUGUGCAACAGGCACCCCCAAGGAAGCAUCCUCCUGGAUGGAUCUGAGGUCACCCACAUCCCUCCAGAAUAACAGCACCUCCAUGGUCCAUCACAAGCAUCCCCAGCACAGUCUCAACGAUCCUCGCACGCAGAACAACUGGCACUCCUGUGGCUUUUCAUCACAAAACAUCCUCCCCAAAGACAUCUCCAAGCUUAGCCGAGGCACUCAAACAUUAACAGAUUCUAGUGCAAUAAAGAAAAAUUCAAGCCAACAAACAGACUGUGGGAUAGCAGUAUUAGAUAAGGAAAUAAUUCAACUUUCCAACUACCUCAAGGAGGCGUUACAUCGAGAGCUGCUGCUGAAGCAGAAGAUGGUGAUUUUACAGGAGCUUUUAUCCACAUUGCUGCAAGCAUCAGAAAAAUCUUGGAAGGGUCAGCUGAAUGAAGACAAACUAAAGGGUAAACUGAGGGCCCUUGAAAAUCAGCUUCACACCUGUGCCCAGAAUUACUCAAAGGACAGUGUGAAGAGGAUCCUGAUGGAGAUGGAGGACCAAAAGCAGACCUAUGAGCAGAAAGCAAGAGAAGCUCUGCAGAAGCUGCUGGAGGAGAAACUCCAAGCAGAACAGCAGCUACAGAAUACUCAGAGGACCCUGGCAGUCACAGAAGACGACUGUGCUCUCUGGAAAGAACACUAUGACACAUUAAAAACAGAGUGGAAUGAGACAGCCACUAAGCAUACUGAACUGGAGAACAAGCUCUAUGUUUUGCAGAACCAACUGCAAUGGGCAGACACCCGGAAUGAUCAGCUCCGCCAGGCCCUGUGUAACUUGGAGAGUGAGCGUGAAGAUCUCUAUUCGAGAAUGGAGGCUCUACAAGUAGACGGCCAGCUCAGAAUGGAGCACGUCCGUGCAAUGGAAGGUAAAUUGCAAAAUGAACAAAAGCAAAAGCUGGCGCUGGAGGCGACAAUCACUCGUUUGCACAACCAGUUACAGAACCAGUCCAAGGAGCAGAAGGCUCAGGAAGAGGUGGUAGUAAGAAAAGCUACCCCUGCACACCAAGAAAAUCAUCAUCAAAGAUUGGGGAGUUUUGACCCCCUUCUCACCAAAGAUCAGGUUUUAACUAUGCAGAUCCAACCCCCCAGUCCAGUCAGAGAAAAACAAGAUGCUUUGUUAAAGCAUCCAGACGAUGAGGGAGAGGAAAAUCUGAAGGACCAGGUGCAGAAGAGGACAGCCCAACUCAUUGCAAAGGAAAAGGAGUGCGUGGAUCUCCGCUCUGAGCUGGAGGCCCUGAGCGACGAGUACCGCUCCUGCAUGACCAAGUUACGUCAGUGCCGAGACGAGCUCAAUCAGUUCCAGAGCAAACAGUCAAAAAGACAACGUGGCCACUGGAUCCCCCUCCUAAUGGUGGUGAUAGCAGCAGCCAUGGCGGCUUUCUUAGCCAAUUUUGUACCCUGAGAAUCCGUCCGUUUCAAUUACCUCAGCUCAGCAACUGACUCCACUGUUUUCACUGUAAUGUAUAAACAUUUUGUAGGGUUUUUGGGGGGAUAUUUUUGAGCUGGUCUCACUCCUCAACAAAUUCACACUGGUCCAAUAAAUGCCGUGAGAUCAUU